CCUCCGAACGCCUCAUCUCCUCCACCAGAGCCAGAGAAUCAGAGAGAGGGAGAGUAGUGACGGGAGAACAGCAGCAGCAUCACUGACAAGCAUCUCCCUCACUGGGGAAGAGGGGGAGAAAGAGAGAGAGGUGGGGAGAGGAGAAGUUGAAAGAGUGAGGAGAAACAAAGAGAGAGGGAGAGAGAGAGCAAACCAGUGAGGGAAAUAAGUUUUCAAUUGGAGGGAGGACAAGCGAGGGAGAGUUUGGAGGGUGGCAGUGGGGGGAUUCGGAGCUUCAUCUUCCCUUUUAUUUGUUCGGCUGUGAGCACUGCCUCUUCUCCUUCUCCCCCUCCUCCUCUUCUUAUUCCGCCUCUCCGCUCCUCUUCUCAUCCCAAAUCUCCUCUCCCAGCUCCCGCCGUGGGGUCUCAGCUCUCCAUCUCCCUCCCCCCCUCCCUUACUCCCUACCUCCCCCGGGCGCUGCUGGGAGCCUCCGGGCUGCUGCGCCGCAGGAGGAUGUCUCGCAGGGAGUCACCGCCGCCGCCCUCGCCACCUCCGCAGCUGCUGGGGGUGCGGAGUGGAGAGGUGGAGCGCGACGAUCGUCCGGAGCGUGCCGAGCCGCUGUCCGACGCCGAGAGGGAGAUCAUCCAGGACACGUGGGGGCACGUCUACAAGAACUGCGAGGACGUGGGGGUGUCUGUGCUCAUAAGGUUCUUUAUCAACUUUCCAUCGGCCAAACAGUACUUCAGCCAAUUCGAGGACAUGGAGGAUCCAGAGGAGAUGGAGCGAAGCAGCCAACUUCGCCACCAUGCCUGCAGGGUGAUGAAUGCUAUCAAUACUGUGGUGGAGAACCUCCAUGACCCAGAGAAGGUGUCGUCAGUGUUGGCUCUGGUGGGAAAGUCCCAUGCCAUCAAACACAAGGUGGAACCCAUGUACUUCAAGAUUCUGAGUGGUGUGAUUCUGGAGGUGUUGGCUGAAGAUUUCCCAGAGUUCUUCCCGACAGAGGUGCAGAUGGUGUGGACCAAACUGAUGGGGGCGGUGUACUGGCAUGUGACAGGGGCCUACACAGACGUGGGCUGGCUCCAGGUCUCCAGCUCAGCGGUGUGAAGAGUUUGGAAGAAGAGGGGGUAAAGGAGUUUCAAUUGAAAGCAGUUCUGUGAGGAUGGUUUCACAAACAUGGAUGAGAUUAAUGUGGAAAUCCGUGCUACUCUGUACUUAAUUUUGGUGACAUUUUGGGUGCUACGCCCUCAUUGCUGUGGUGUUUCUACAUCACACUUCCCUGAGAUCACUUGGACGCCAAACAAUGUAGCCAGACGACAUUUUACUUUUCUUCUAUUGAAGUUUUAGCCAGUGUAAGUGGUACUUUGGUCUGUGUUAUUAGCCAUGGAGGCUAUCACUGCUAAUGCUAACUAUCCGGUUCUUCUUCAUUUCAAAACAAACGACUGUUGCAGCCAAAAUACAACACACAUCAUUAAUUGACCCUUCACUAAGCCCGGUUCCUUUACUUACCAUUGCUAGGCCUGUCUCACUUUCCAAAAUUAGUCCCAUAUACAGUUUACAAACGUAAUGGUGUCAAAUUCACCACUCACAAUUCUUGGGUCAAUUUUGAAACAAUGGCUCCUUGAUUUCAGACAGAGGUAGGCCUCCCAUUUCCAGCUCAACGCCUGUAAUAACAACUGUUUUUAUCAACUGUUGCUAGCUUGCUAAUUAAUGUUAGCUAAGUAAUUUAUGACAAUGCUAUUUUCAACCAACUCAUUGGUCAACCAGGCUACAUAACAGCUACAUCAUAUCAUGCUAAAAGGCUAAAGCAAAACAUCACAUCCUCACCAUGAAACAUGUACAACACAUGGAAACAACGGAGGAGCAUUGUUAUUGUGGCAUAGCUAUAUACAGUAGUUCUAUCAUUAUGGUUCAAUAUGAUCAUUAAAAAAAUGUGAAGAAAAAUACUGUAUUAUAGUACAGUUUUCCAAGGGAAAUGAAAAAGCACUGAGGUAGGUUAUACGUAUGUAAUAAGCUAGUUAGCCAGACAUGCUAGCAUUUUCAGUUUAACACCCUAUUAAAUCUACUGCACUCUUUAAACUUUUGGUGUUGUGUUUUUGUUUGAAAAAAAGAAACAGCACCCUCCAAACUCGUGAAUACCAUCCUGUACAUUGCUCUCGCUACAGACCGCUUCAGCAUGUGCAGAAAUACAAAGCUUGACAGGUCUGCUGUGUGUCGUUACAGACUGGCUACCGUCACGCUGAGCUAACGCUGUUCAGGGUUGGGUUUUAGUGAACGCC